UUCGUUAAGUGAAGCGUGACAGAAGUUACACACUUUACACCACCGACCUACUAUACACACACUACCCCCACACACUCUUCAUUCACUUCCAUCUCCGACGUCGUGGCUACAACGUUAACACAAUCACCUCCGCUAUAUACUAGUAUAUUAAAAAAUGGGAUCCGAGUGGCAGCACGGCUUGUUCGGAUGUUUCGACAAUUUCGGAAUCUGCAUCAUCUCUUACUUCGUGCCCUGUUACACGUUCGGGAAGAACUCGGAGGCGGUCGGGGACAGCUGUCUUCUGUGUGGACUCGCCUACCUUGUUCCACUUCUCAAUAUCUUCGCGGCUCUCCAGGUGCGAGGUAAAAUCCGUGAUCAGAAAGGAAUAAGUGGCGGCUGUUUGUCGGAUUUUCUCUACAUUAUCUGCUGUCCUUGUUGUGCGUUGAUACAAGAAGCCCAAGAGAUCCAGGGACCAGGUGGUAUGUCCAUGGCGCGGCAGUAGCUCUUUUAAUGAUCUAUCUCGUAAAACAGGUUAGCCGGUUCGAGUUGUUUAUAGUGACAAAAAACAAAACAGAUGAAAGACUUUUUAAAAAAAAACGAAAUGAGGACGGCUACGAUAACAGGAUGUAAUGUAUUCUCAAGUCUGAUUAAGUGGGAACAUAUAUUGUGGAUUUUUCUUUCUGGAUUUCAACCACAACAUAUUGUUGAAAGUGUAUUUGCGAAUCAAUCUGUGAAUGAGAAUUUAUUUUAUUCGUUAUUAAAACAUGAAUAUUAUUCAGCGAAUCAGCAUAUCGUUGAUAAUUUGAAGAUUCUGCAAUACAAUGGAAUAUAUUUCGUAUUUUUCAACUCUGCAACUUUUUAAAACGUAUUUGUGCACCGGUCAGUCGGUGUAAAACAGACAAAACAAAAACAUUUAAAAUACUGUUAGUCAAUUUACAUCUUUUAUUACAGUUGCUAAUGUCUUAAUUUGAAAACUGCAUUUAACAGUACCAAUGGAAGAGGACGUUGUUAUUUACUUCAUAUUAACUAUUACCUGUUUGUUUAAUAACUUGUCCAUUUUAAAGGAUAAAACCCAACACUAGCCAACUGUGAGCUGUUAUUUAAUACGUAUCUUAGAAAGUAGGGUCAGUGAUUCUAAUAUAGUAAAAACGAAAAUUCUAAUAUAUUUAAAUAUAUAUUCUAACUUCUGAAAAGGUGUAGAUUUUUAUAUUUGUGAAUUGUUUGAUGUUAAUCCUCUAUGACUAUGUAAAGGUGAAUUUCCUGUAUUAAUUAUACUAGUGUUAUAAAGUAAGACCUUGAGCAUGCAGGAAUGUUGCAAGAAACCCGGCAAGACAAUACCGUUGACCUGAUUGCAGCUACGCGUAAACUAAAAGCACUGCGAGCACUUUAGAAUAUUAGUACAUAUAUAUAUCGAAUAUUAAUAUACCUUAUUUUUGUUAGUAUAAUCUCUAGUUACUUGAUGUAUUGUUCAUAGAAAACAUUAAAUAUGUUUUACUGUU